AUGCCGGCCUCAUCAUCUUCACCAGUCAAAGUCACACCAGGGGACGGCUUCACCCCCGAAGAGCUGCAGGUAUCCCCACCAACGAGUACAUGGGUGCCUACGCUCGACUAUGAAGAAAGUGACAUCGCGUCUCUCGAGCCUGGCCCACGCCAUCUUGCCCUGAUGGGCCGCGUCGUGAAUUUCUACGACAUGCCUAAGCCUAGUAAGCGACCGAAGGCGGCCCAAGGGUUGGUGAAGAUCAUGGUAGCGGACGAUACAGGCACCAUGUUUGUACGGCUAUGGUAUGCGAAGACCACCUAUCCGCUACAGCUAGGUCAACUCGUCACGCUCUGGACAAUUCACAUCAGUCAAGGAGAUGGCCAAGUCGGACUCGCACCGAGUGCGGCGCCGCUCUUCACCAGUAUCUUCCCCGAGAACGAACGCAACUGCCACUUCAUGAUCCACGAUCGAAGUGAUGAUAGGUCAAUGUUCAAGAGACCAUUUGGGGCGCGUGAUAGCCAGGUGUUGCCGGGCCUCAUGACACUGAAGUCUUUCGUGGACGGCGGAUUUGAUAUUGAUGAUUGCAAGCUCAUGGUCUGUGUGAGGAGUAUCGGACCGAGGAAGAAGUACACCAACAAGAACGGCAGCAUUUCAGACCUGAUCACUGCUGUUGUAUUUGACGAUAGCUCCGAAGGUCACCUCACUCUCUACGGCUCAGUCUCAGGAUCGGCAUCCGCGUGGAAGCCCUAUGCAACCGUCCUGCUGAUCACCGCUCCGGGUUGGCGAAUCGACAAAACGGCAAAGCUAUCUCUAAACGCAAACACACGAGUUUUUAUCGACCCUUCCAUAGCUGAAGCUCGCUAUCUCAGGGCACUCGCUCAGCGUCUGACCAAGAAAGAGCAUGUCAAUCCACCAUUCCCUUACGACCUUUUCGACACAAAGGAGGCCGAGCUGUCUACAGUCAAGGUCUUGUAUAAGCUGAGUGAAAUCGACGAAUUCGCAAGGACGAACCCAAGGGAGAAAGCAGUCGGAUACAUGAGUAUUAUCGUUACAGAACUCCACAUACUUACGAAUUAUAAGCGCGAGAUGCUUAUGAGCAACGAAUGCUGCGGAAAGCCAAUAUUUGCGAGCAAAGUGAAGGCUAGGUGCCGCCAGUGCGACAGGGAGUGUACGCUACGCAUCAAUCCUCGAAUACUCGGUGACGUUAUUGACGAGACCGGAACAAUCAGCACCGGAAAGCUUAUCUUUUCAGAUACGGCGUGGGAACAGCUUCUCGGCCGCACCGCCGAGCAGCUCGUGACAGCUUCUCUGGACGUCAUCAAGUAUCUUGAACAACGGCUCCUGUUCCUCCGCCUGACGUUGGGCUUCGGGAUCUACCUGGGGAGCGAGGAGAUUGGCAGGCUGGUUGUUUGGUGUGUAAAGAUAUGA